AUGGACUCGGACAAGGAAACGGGCAUUCAGCAGACUUCGCCUCUGAGAGACAGGCGGCAAGUUCGAGAUGGAAAUGGCGCCGACGGAGAAGAUGGACAAAAGGGAAAGGUCAAAUGGGUCUCGGAGUCGCUCUCACUUCCACGGGAAGCGUUGUUCGUUACCGUUGUCUGCAUGGCACAGUUCUGCACGCGCAAGUUGACUGACUGCAUUGCCCCCAUUGCGCGCCGAACCGGCAACUAA